ACAAGUCAUUGUUUUAAUAGCGUUUAGAUUUCUUUUCAGAAUGAACCAACCACAUGGCUUUUAAUUCUCUGCUAGUUCUAUUAGAAAUGGACUGUCCCAGCUUUGCCUUUUGGGUAUCACAAUUUGAUCCCAAAAACAAAACUUUGUGACCUUUCUUCCUUCUUUGAUCUCUUGGAAAUUAUGAUCAACCAAACCCAAAAACACACACAGCCUCUCUUCACCAUGAAAGGCAAUCAUAAAGACCCUGCAGAAGGAUGGACCUCCAAAAAGAUCACCUUAUGUUUCUUGCUUUUGAUCUCUUUCCUCUACAUCUCCUACUCUCUACAAUCUGUUUCGCCUUCCAAUCUUUGUAGGCAGCAGCAAUCUUUCACUGCCCAUGUCCAAUCACAACCAAAACCAAAGGUUUCCUUGCCUCCAAUUCCUCAGCCAAUUACAGCUACAACCCCAGAAAAACCCCAAGAGGCCAAAACAAACAUAUCCCAUAUAGUCUUUGGCAUUGCAGCCUCAGCCAAUAUGUGGGGCCAUAGGAAAAACUACAUCAAGCUAUGGUGGAAGGCAGACCAAAUGAGGGGCAAUGUUUGGUUGGAUCAGCCUGUAAAAAUGGAGCCUGAGCAUGAUCACCUUUUGCCACCUAUAAAGAUUUCCAGUGAUACUUCCAAGUUUGAGUACAAGCACCCGAAAGGCCAUCAGUCUGCGAUACGCUUGUCACGCAUAGUUUCGGAGAAUUUCAGGCUAGGCAUGGAGAAUGUGAGGUGGUUUGUGAUGGGGGAUGAUGACACAGUUUUUGUGACUGAGAAUCUGGUCAGGGUUUUGCAGAAAUAUGACCAUAACCAGUUUUAUUAUAUUGGGAGCUCAUCAGAGAGUCACUUGCAGAACAUUUAUUUUUCAUACAACAUGGCCUACGGUGGAGGGGGGAUUGCUAUAAGUUACCCAUUAGCCAAGGCACUAGAGAAAAUGCAGGACAGGUGCAUAGAAAGAUACACUGGAUUGUACGGCUCAGACGAUAGGCUUCAGGCUUGUAUGGCUGAGCUUGGUGUGCCUCUCACCAGAGAACAAGGAUUUCACCAGUAUGAUGUAUAUGGGAGCUUGUUUGGACUUCUAGCAGCUCAUCCAGUCACACCCCUAGUGUCCCUCCACCACCUGGAUGUGUUUGAGCCCAUAUUCCCCAACAUGGACAGGGUCCAUGCCCUGCAAAGGCUCCAGGCCCCGAUGAAGAUCGACUCCGCCGGGCUUCUACAACAAUCCAUUUGUUACGACAAGACCCGAUCCUGGACCGUAUCCGUUUCAUGGGGAUACACGAUUCAAAUAUUUCGAGGCAUUUUUUCGCCCCGAGAAAUUGAAAUGCCAUCUAGGACGUUCCUCAAUUGGUACAAGAAAGCUGACUAUACUACCUACGAAUUCAACACGCGCCGUUUCGGUCGGAACCCGUGUCAACAACCAUUUGUGUAUUACUUUUCUAAUGUCGUAUACAAUAAAAAUGCGAGCCACACAGCUACUGAGUAUGUUCGCGAUCGAGUACCGGACCCAGAAUGCCACUGGAAGAUGGCAAAUCCCUCCCGGAUUAAAAAAGUGCAUGUUUAUAAAGCACCCAAUCCACAUUUAUGGGACAAGUCCCCAAGGAGAAAUUGCUGCAGAAUUUUGCCAAACACCAAGAAGAACGGCACCAUGGUCAUUGAUGUAGGAGCAUGCAAUGAAGAUGAAGUCGUCGAAGUGCGGUAGAGUAUAUAAGAUUGCAAAGAGCCUUCCUAGCCAUUCACAAUUUUGUUGAAUUUUUUCCUUUGCAAAGAAACAGAAAAGUUUACUAACUAGCAUACAUCCCUUUGUAUCCGAAUAUUGGAUGUUGAUUAGAGAAAAUAGUUAGUGUAAAUUAACCCAAAAAAAAGAGGAUUGAAUGAGAAAAGAAGCCA